AUGCUUUAUACCAGCGCCCUCUCGACUCCGACCUUGGUGGCCGCCGCCGCCGCCGCCCUCGUUGCUCGCCUCGCCGCGCUGCCGCCGCCCGCAGCGUACAUCUCAGAGCUCGCCGCGGCCCUGCCGGGGGGCCGCGUUGUGCUGCCCCAGGACCAGCCCGAGGCCUUCACCACGGCCAUCGACGGGCAUUUUUCACUGCAGAAUCGCGACAUGCAGUUCGAGCCCGCUUGUGUCGUCCAGCCGCGCGACGUCGACGAGCUCAGCAUCGCGGUGCGGCACCUCGCCCGGGAGCACACCCUCCGCCGCAAUAGCAACAACAGCAGCAUCGCUGGCCAUGGGCUCUUUGCGGUCCGCUGUACGGGCGCGAAUCCGGCGCAGGGCGUGGCCGGCGCUCGGGACGGGGUCCUGCUGGACCUCUCGCGGCUGAGCACCCUCGCCCUCUCGGCGGACCAGACGGAGCUCCGUGUGGGCGGCGGAUGCACGUGGGAGGCCGUCUACCACUUCCUCGAUCCGCAGGGCCUCACCGUCGUGGGCGGGCGCUCGACCCCCGUUGGCGUGGGCGGCUCGACGCUGGGCGGUGGCAUCUCGUACUUCUCGGGCCACCGCGGGCUCAUGUGCUCCAACGUGGUGCGCUACACGGUCGUCCUUGCCGACGGGCGUGUCGUCGUCGCGUCCGAGGCUGAGAACGCGGACCUCUGGCGGGCACUCAAGGGCGGGCUCAACAACUUUGGCGUCGUCGCCGAGUUUUCCCUCCGCGUGUGCCCGGGCGGCCCCGUGUGGCUGAGCGCCACCGUGACGCCCGCAUUUCUGCAGUCAGACUCGGUCCUGCGCGCGUACCAUGAUGACGCCAUCCAGGCCGCGACGCCCGGCGGCUUUGACCCCAACGUGGCGACGCCCAUCCUGAGUCUUGCCCACAUGCCCGCGUUGGGCAUGUCUCUCUGGGUCACGCAGCUCUUCUACACCGUCCUUCCCUCAUCCUCGUCCUCGUCACCCUCCCCUUCCACUUCCGAUGGGCCUCGUAGGAUCGGCGACAAGACCUGGCCGGCGUACUGGCGCUCCUCGCCGCUAGGCAGGAGGAUCUGGGGCAUCCGCACGGCCCGCGGCACCUUCUCGCACGCCGAUGCCGUGCGCCAAAACGGCCUCAUGUCCCCAGCUGGCCUGCGCCAGGCGUACUGCGUCACGGGCUUCCGGAUGGACCUGCCUACGCUGCGCGCCGCCGUCGCCGUCUUUGACAAGCACAAGACUCGGCUGUCCGCGCUCAAGGCCACCGACACGGCGUUCUGCAUCGUCUUCCAGACCCUCAAUCCGCGCUGGGUCAACAAGGGUGACCCCAAUUCUCUCGGCCUCGAGGGAGACACAAUCAAGGACCCCGUCGUGAUAGUCCUCUUCUGCUGCAGCUGGGUCGAUGUCCAGCACGACGGAAUUGUCAAGAGAGUCAUGCAGGACUGUGUUGACGAGACCGAGGCGGCGAGUAGACAGCUGGGCAGUGAGCACCGGUAUCGCUUCGCCAAUUACGCCAGUGAGUGGCAGAGGCCGCUGGGCGGCUACGGCGAGGAGAAUUUGCGGUUCCUGAGAGAGGUGAGCAAGCAGUACGAUCCGGAAGGCCUGUUCCAGACAGGGUGUCUAGGCGGGUACAAGUUAGGACGGGAGGAUCUCUAAGGUUUUUGCCGGAUUGUCUAGGCAACAACGAGCGCCUUUUAGAGCCGGGGGAAUAGUCUGUCGCGGGGCUCUGGCGAGAGGAUCUCGAUCGCCAACUGUUCUGGGCCAGCCGC